UCCCCCAGUUAUCUGGACGACCGACCGAACGAAGGAAGGAACGAACGAAAGGACGGACAACUGGUUGGAACCUUCAGACUUGGCCCUCCACCCUUGCAUCCAUCCAGCCAUCUAUCCAGCCUUCCAGCCUUGCUACAUCCCUUCCUGCUCGGCCUCCCGUCAUUCUGAAACCUCUGGUGCCCGUCUUCGUGGUGACUGACCACCGUGUGUUGUGCUCCGAGUAGUGGGUGGAGCCGUGUCUGACCGUGAACCUGGAAGGUGGCCUCCGCUGGACCGAUUGGUGCCCAUCGGCUUUCGGAUUCAGACCGGGGCUGUGCUGUGAGUGUGUUGAGCGGCGUCGUGUCAUGGUGGUGCCCGCCGGGUCCCGCCUCGCUGGGCCCGUCUAAAGCCGGGCGUGUGACUGGUAGAGCCUCAGCCGGCCCGGCCCUCGGGCUUGGAUUCAUUGGCUGAGCCAUGGAGGACAUGAAAGAAUCCCAUGGGAGUGGCGAGGAGGGCGGCUCGGGCCAUGGCAGUGGGAACAACGGCCUGGGCGGGGGCCUGCGGGGCGGGUCCAACGGUGGCGGAGGCCCCGGGGGCGUGGGGCCCGGGGGCAAUCUGCAUUACACUAUCCCGGGCAUCCUGCACUUCUUGCAACACGAAUGGUCCCGAUUUGAGAUGGAUCGAUCCCAAUGGGAUGUGGAAAAGGCCGAAUUACAGGCCCGUAUCGCGUUUCUCCAAGGCGAGCGGAAAGGCCAAGAGAACCUCAAAAAUGAUUUGGUACGUCGCAUCAAGAUGCUCGAAUAUGCGCUCAAGCAAGAGCGCGCCAAAUACGCCAAACUCAAGUACGGUUCUGAAGGCGUGGCUCACUUGGACGAUGGUUCUAAAGCCCUAGGCGACGAUGAAGAGCUCCCACCCGUGGACGGUGACAACUAUAUCGCCGUCUCCAACGUGAAUUGGCGUCAGGGCCGUCAGCUUUUGAGGCAAUACCUACAAGAAAUUGGCUAUACCGACACGAUCAUUGAUGUGCGAUCGAAUCGUGUCCGAUCGUUGUUAGGGUUAAACGAUGCCAACAAUGUCAAUGAGGAGAAUCGCGCCAAUCUGGCCUUGAACGGCGGCGAAUCCCAUCGAACUCGACCUGAUGGCACCGGCGCCCACCAUCCCGCCCAUAGCGUGCGGAAAGGUGUGACCACGUUGGCCGAGGAGAUGAUGUUGGACACGGAAGCUUCGGUCUUGGCCAACUUUGACUUCCUCUCAUCGGAGGCCGAAGUUGACGACGACGACGAGAUGAACGACGACAUAGAUGACGGCUACAAUCCCCAAGAGAUGAAGCUAAAGGCCUCAAAGUUGGCUCAAGCUGUGACUGAAGCCGAGGACAAAGAAACCGAGGAUGUGAUGAAUGAAUUCAACUUCCUCACCAACACGGACAAUGUGGACAGCAUCAAGAGCGCUGGAGGCGGGGGUGGGGGAGGAGGAGGAGGAGGACAAGCAGGAGGUCCCAGCAGCAAAGAUGUUCCCAAAGACUUGGACCUUGAAGUGGAUGAGUUCGAGAGAAUUACUGGGUUGUACUCGAAAUUGAACAAAAAGCACCGUCAAGGUUUGUCGGGAGUGGGUUUCCAACAAACCGGAAAUGGAGCAAAAACGAACCAACUUUUAGGAGGUGAAAAACAGCAGCAGCAACAGCAACAACAACAACAACGUGAAGUGGAACUCGGAAACAAUCUGGAACUAGGGGAACUGGAACAGUUGACCAUAGCCAAUGACAACGAGUCGUCGUACGAUAUUAGUGCCCCCAAAGAGGCUUAUCGCAAAACGUGGAGUGCGAAAUACACCCUACGUAGUCAUUUCGAUGGUGUUCGUGCCCUGGGUUUCCACCCACUCGAGCCUGUCCUCAUCACAGCCUCGGAAGACCAAACAUUGAAGCUGUGGAACCUCCAGAAGACAAUACCAGCCAAAAAGUCAGCCUCCCUCGAUGUGGAACCGGUCUAUACAUUCAGAGCACAUCAGGGCCCCGUGUUGUCCCUCGCCAUUUCGCCGGCGGGCGAUUACAUCUUCUCCGGAGGUCUGGACACCACCAUUCGAUGUUGGCAGAUGCCCAGUCCCAACGUGGAUCCCUACGACUCCUACGAUCCUUCCACCUUGUUCACCACCCUCACCGGCCAUGAAGAUGCCGUUUGGGGACUCUCCUAUCAUUUGGGGCGGAAGCAGUUGCUCUCGUGCUCGGCGGAUGGCACGGUCAAGCUUUGGUCGCCCACGGCCCCAUCCGCCUCCAACUUGGUCAGGACCUUCGGGAACGCCACCGAAGAUGGCGGCGGGGCCACACCCACCUCGGUGGAUUGGGUUCAAGACGAUCCCACCAAGAUUGUGACGGCCUACAGCAACGGCUCCUGUGUCAUUCACGAUAUCGAAUCCGGAAAACUUGUCAUCAAAUUGGACACCAAAUCGGAUUCCACGUCAGCAGUUGGUUCGAUCAACAAAGUCGUCUCGCAUCCCAUUCUUCCAGUCACUAUCACGGCCCACGAGGACCGACAUAUUCGAUUCUUCGACAACCACACUGGCCAAAUGACGCACUCCAUGGUGGCUCAUUUGGACGCCGUCACGUCACUUUCUUUAGAUACCAACGGGCUCUACUUGAUUUCAGGCAGUCACGAUUGCAGUGUUCGCCUGUGGAACCUCGAGUCCAAGAGCUGUGUUCAAGAGAUCACGGCACAUCGCAAGAAAUUUGAUGAAAGCAUAUUCGACGUGGCAUUUCACCCUUCCAAGCCGUUUAUUGCGAGUGCAGGCGCAGAUGCGCUGGCCAAGGUCUUUGUGUAAUAGUAAUGAAACUGAUGACCCACCAACUGGCCCUAAAUCACGCUUGAGUGGUUGAAUAAACAGGCAGGGAAGAUUUAAGAACGACUCGAAGCGAUUUUAUACCCAAUCCAACGACCACAUGAUGGUUGUCCUCCUCCUCCUUCUCCUCGUCUUAUCAGGUUACCAGCUCCGUGAACAAGAACUAGCUGAUAUUCGUCGACAAAUACCGCUCAAUGUGUACGUGAAAAGUGUCGCAACAAGUGCAGCAAACUCGACUUGGAAUCAAGCAAUGAAACAAGUGAACCGCCACGGAUAAGGGGACCUGUGUGACUCAUACUUUGAACAUCUUUGCCACCCAAGAGGGGAGAGAAGACACGCCAGGUUCCGACGACCUAUUUUAUUUGUUGAUUUAUCAUCUAAUAUGGAAGUAAAAGCGAAUGCCUAUCCCUCAUGA